AGAAAAGAAAAGAAAAGAAAAGAAAAGAAAAGAAAAGAAAAGAAAAGAAAAGAAAAGAAAAGAAAAGAAAAGAAAAGAAAAGAAAAGAAAAGAAAAGAAAAGAAAAGAAAAGAAAAGAAAAGAAAAGAAAAGAAAAGAAAAGAAAAGAAAGGAGAGAAGGAGAAAGGAAGGAAGAAAAAAAAGCAAAAAAAUAGCGAAAGAUUAAAAGACCAAAAGAAACAA